GGACCUGAGUGAGAACAGUCUGACGUCACUUCCUGUGGGUGGUCUGGGGGGACUGACCCAUCUGAAGCUGAAAGGAAACAUGGAGCUCUAUGAGGACUUCAGCCCUGAACUCUUCACCCGCAUGAGGGUGGUUGAGAUGCCGUAUGCAUACCAGUGCUGUGUCUACGGGUCAUGUGACAGCUAUAAGUCCAUCAGCCAACCAGAGACUGAGCAGAGCAGUGAGGAGGAGGAGCUAGACCACACAGACACACUCUAUGACCCGGACCUGGAGGACCUCCAGAUGGAGAUGCAGGAAUCUAAACUACAGACUAACAUCCAGUGCUCACCUGUACCAGGUCCGUUCCGGCCAUGUGACUCCCUGCUAGGCAGCUGGUUGGUCCGUGUGGGUCUGUGGUGCGUCUCCAUCGUGUCUCUACUUGGGAACUCUCUCUUGCUGCUGUCGCUCUUCGGUUCGGCGGGCUAUCUCUCCCCGCUGCGGUUCACCACCGCCUGCAUGGCCGCUGCCAACCUCCUAACCGGCGUAUGCACAUGUACGCUCGCCCUCGUGGACGCCCUCACGCUGGGAGAAUUUGGUCGCCACGGCGCCCGCUGGGAGUCGGGUCCCGGUUGCCAGGUGACGGGGUGGGUGUGGGUGUUUGCGUCCGAGGCGAGCGUGCUGCUGUUGACCCUGGCGGCCGUGCAGUGUGGCGUGAGCGUGACGUGCGCGCGGGCCUACGGGAAGGCGCCCUCACACGGGAGCGUCCGUAUGUGCGCAUUCUUCUGCCUCACCCUCUCUGUCACUCUGGCGUCCCUCCCUCUGGUCAAUGUGGGGGAGUACGGUUCCUCCCCUCUCUGCCUGCCCUCCCCCCUGCAUCCCCCCUCCUCCCAUCCCCCCUCCUCUCUAGGCUUCCCUCUCUCUCUGAUCAUGAUGAAUACUCUGUGUCUGCUGAUAGUGACAGUCUCCUACAUCCGUCUGUACUGGGAGCUGCUGAGAGGAGAGUGCGAGGGGCUGUGGGACUGUAGCAUGAUUAAACACAUCACCUGGUUGAUCUUCAUCAACAGUCUCCUCUACAUCCCAGUAGCCUUCCUGUCUCUCUGCUCCCUGCUGGGGCUGCUUUCUCUGGGGGAGGAGGUGCUGAAGUCUGUCCUGCUCCUCCUCCAACCCCUCCCCUCCUGCCUCAACCCUCUCCUCUUCCUCCUAUUCGCCCGAGACCACACCCACUUCUUGUUCUGGCCACAUCCCAAGGCACGCCCCCAGUUACACCGGGACCACGCGCUUGAAGACUCGCUGGUCUCUGUGGACACAGAGAAGAGCUUGUGUUCUGAUUUGUCGACGCAGGUGUCACUCGCCGAGGCUGACGCCCUCUACGGUGGAAGCCCCGCCAUCCAACCCCGGAUGGAUCCAAUCAGAUUCUCCCACUGCUUUUCUUCCUCCUCCUCCUCGGUUCCUCUGAUCCCCUGUCAGACACCUUCCCCCAGCCUGAGGGAAAGAGAGAUGGAGA